AUGUCGCAAUUGAUGGUACUUGCUUUGACUGCGCUCCCAGCAGUCCUGAGUCUUCAGCUACCUGGCGGUAUUGGAAAACUGCCAGCUUUAGGAUGGAACUCAUGGAAUGCCUAUGGCUGCGACAUUGACGAGGCUCGCAUUCUGCAAGCAGCCAAUGCCAUGAAAGACUUGGGCUUCCAAGCCGCCGGGUAUGAGUAUGUCAACUCUGAUGACUGCUGGUCUCAGAUGUCGGGAAGAGACGCUGUAACACAUCAGCUGUUGCCCAACUUCACGAAAUUUCCUGAGGGCAUCAAAGGCACUGCGGACAAGGUACAUGACUUGGGCUUUAAAUUCGGUAUCUACUCGAGCGCAGGCACCAUGACAUGCGGCCACUACUCUGGCUCGAUCGGCUAUGAGAACAUUGAUGCAGAGACAUUCGCUUCAUGGGGUGUUGACUACCUCAAGUAUGACAACUGCUUUCCGCCAGAAGAGUGGUACGACGACUGUUUGUCAUGCGAGCCAGACCCAAGUUUUUCUCCUACCGGCAUCAUCAAUGGUACUUGUUCCAACAGCACUCCACCUGUACACCACUACUCGUAUGAUCGUCCGAUCCCUAUUUGCGCAGAUGGAUGGCCUGUUGAUGGUAUCAACUAUACGGCCAAGUACACUGCGCUGAGGUUCCGCAUUAUGGGCAAUGCCUUGUUGGCGCAGAACAGGACUAUCUUGUACAGUCUGUGCGAGUGGGGUGUUGAUCUGCCAUGGACUUGGGGAAAUGGUACGGGUCAAUCAUGGCGUAUGUCGAACGACAUCAACCCUUCAUGGAGCCGCAUCCUGGAAAUUUUGAACCAGAACUCAUUCUUGUCCGACUACGGUAACUUCUACGGCCACAACGAUGCAGACAUGCUCGAAGUCGGAAACGGCAACCUCACCGACGCAGAAGUCCGCUCGCACUUUUCGCUUUGGGCCAUGAUGAAGUCGCCCCUGCUCAUUGGUACCGACGUGACAAAGCUCAGCAGCCACAAUAUCGGUGUCUUGCAAAACAAGGCACUACUUGCUUUCAACCAAGACCCGGUUUAUGGCAAGCCGGCCGCGCCGUACAAAUGGGGCAUCAAUCCAGAUUGGACCUAUAAUUCUUCAUUCCCAGCCCAAUAUUGGUCUGGAGCAUCGUCAAAUGGCACGAUGGUGGCUUUGUUCAAUCCUUUGAAUGACACGGUCUCGAUGACCGCUGAUUACAGCGAAAUUCCGGAGCUUAAUGCAGGAGGAUGCUAUCAGGUUUUGGAUGUCUGGAACAGCACUGAUCUUGGGUGCAAGGAGAAGAGCGUUACUGUGGAUGUCGCUCCUCAUGAUACUGCCGUGCUGCUUUUCGAGCAUUCGUGCUGA